UGCCCCCUUCCAGAGCCGCCCAGCCCCCCGCCAGUGAUCGGAUGCUGCUGGGGCUCCUCGGGCGGCGGAGGGCACCGAUCCGGGACUGCUCCGCCGGGAGAGUGAGCGGGCCGGCCGGGCGCCUGCCAGGAUGAGCGGCGGCGAAGUGGUGUGCUCGGGCUGGCUGCGGAAAUCGCCCCCGGAGAAGAAGUUGAGGAGAUACGCAUGGAAGAAACGCUGGUUUGUCCUUCGCAGUGGGCGCAUGAGCGGAGACCCAGACGUGCUGGAAUACUACAAGAAUGACCAUUCGAAGAAGCCGCUACGUGUCAUCAACCUCAAUUUCUGCGAGCAGGUAGACGCCGGUCUUACUUUCAACAAGAAGGAGCUGCAGGACAGUUACGUCUUUGACAUCAAGACCAGUGAAAGGACCUUCUACCUUGUUGCCGAAACGGAGGAUGACAUGAACAAGUGGGUUCGCAGUAUUUGCCAGAUCUGCGGUUUUAACCAGUCCGAAGAGAACACAGAUUCUUUAAGGAGUAUUCCUGCAGUAAGUCAUGGCCCACGUUCAUCUCCAGCCGAGCUCAGCGGCUCAAACCAGCGGCUGCUGCGGGAGCGCAAAUCUUCAGCCCCUUCGCACUCCAGCCAGCCCACCCUCUUCACUUUUGAUUCGCCUACUAAUCAUACCCGGACCACCCUUUCCGCCAGCGCCCCUCAAGACUAUCUCUUCCUACACCAGUGUAUGAGCAGAAAAUCCGAGAACACCAGGAGUGCCAGUUUCUCUCAAGCCACCCGGUCUUCUUUCUUCAUGAGAAGUGACCCGUCAGUUCAGAAGCUCUCUCAGGGGAAUGGACGCUGUAUAAAUGGGACCGGCGGGCAAGUUCACGGCUUCUACAGUUUGCCUAAGCCAAGCCGGCACAACUCAGAACUUGGGGACGGUGCUUACGACCUUCCGAGGAAUUUUGGAUGCUAUGCCCAUACCAAAGGCAGCCUUACAGGCUCUGAAACGGAUAGCGAGGAGGUCUACACCUUCAAGACCCCCAACAAUACCCUUUGUAAGGGCUUUGGGGAGCUCUCCACAGACUCGUACGACAUCCCUGGCACGCCGGUUUAUCAGAUCCCAAGAGCCUUCACCCUAGACAAGAACCACAAUGCCCUGGGAGUGGCUUCGGGCGAAGCUCCUGCAACACCUCCUCCGAGGCCUCCUAAGCCGGGACAGGCAGAGUCCCGGUGGGGCAGCCCCCCGCAGCGCCUGCUGGACAGUGAAGGUCUAAGCCUAGUCCCAGUGACUUGUACCAUUCCCAGAAGGAACACACUGCCUGCGGUGGAGAAUUGCAGAUUGCACCGAGCUUCUUCCUGUGAGACGUACGAAUAUCCCCCGCAUAGCGGUAGCAGCGCAGUUCAAUCAGCCGAGUCUGUGAAUAUUGGGCUUAAUUCAUAUCUGCAAAACAAGAGUACAGUGGCUCGCUCUCAUAGCGCUGACUCAGAGGACAAUUACGUUCCCAUGAACCCUGGCUCCUCGAUCCUGCUCAAUGCAGAGAAGUUGAAUGACAGCUCCCAGCACCUCUACAUCCCCAUGAGCCCGGGGCCUCAUCACUUGGAUUUGAUGGGGAUGUCCUCUUCGACUCUCCCACUUCAUAAAGGGAGCAGCAGUUCCCAGCCCCAGAGGCGGAUGAGCGAAAUCCAGCCCCCUCCAGUGAACCGCAACCUCAAACCAGAUCGAAAAGCAAAGCCUACACCACUGGAUUUGAGGAACAACACAGUCAUUGAUGAGCUUCCAUUUAAAUCACCCAUCACAAAAUCCUGGUCCAGGCCUGGGUGA